CUUCCUUAGUGGUUUGCAGGAAAAACUUAGAUAGCACAACAGUGGCAAUUCACAAUGAAGAGAUCUACUGCAAAUCCUGCUAUGGAAAGAAAUAUGGCCCCAAAGGCUACGGUUAUGGCCAGGGUGCUGGUACGCUGAACAUGGACCGGGGUGAGAGACUGGGCAUCAAGCCAGAGAGCAUUCAACCUCACAGACCUACAACAAACCCAAAUACUUCCAAGUUUGCCCAGAAAUAUGGAGGUGCUGACAAGUGCUCCAGAUGUGGGGAUUCUGUGUAUGCUGCUGAGAAGAUAAUUGGAGCUGGAAAGCCCUGGCACAAAAACUGUUUCCGAUGUGCAAAGUGUGGCAAGAGUCUUGAAUCAACAACUCUGACCGAGAAGGAAGGUGAAAUCUAUUGUAAAGGAUGUUAUGCAAAGAACUUUGGGCCCAAGGGAUUUGGCUAUGGUCAAGGAGCAGGAGCCCUUGUUCAUGCUCAGUAAUGUUGCAAGCACAGAACCAAGCAAUACACACCAAGAAUCUCUUCAUAGAAAUCUAUACACAAAUAAUCUAACACUAAACCACUGUGAGAAUCUACCAGUAUUAAGUAUUGCCCUGUACUUAGGAUGGCUCCUUGUAAGAAAGCAAUGUAUCAUUUUGCUUUAUUGACCAAUUUUAAGAACUAUUCCCUUAUUUUCAAUAAAAUUUCGCCU